UGACAUCUUCUUGAUAUUUAGCCGUCAUUCGUCAUUGACUCUAGAAAGGAAGAAAACCGAACUCUGACACAAAAUGAAAAUACUACUCAUGAAACAAUGAAAUACCUGUUGAAAUACUUUGUUCUUCUCAUGUUCGGAGGGAAAUUUGAAAGCAAACACUUUCAACAGUGCUCAUCUAAGGCUGGGACACAUCUUUUAUGACACAUUAUUUUGUACCUCAAAACUAGAUGGAAACAUAAGAAGACUGCUAUGGAAUCAAAGCAGGAAGACAUAAGAUUGAACGAGUUGGAAGGACUUAUCCCCAAUGUCCUUAAUCUAAUGUACAAAAAUUAGGAAGAAGAAGAAGACGAUUUUUUCUGUCUACCUUUUCUUGUUUUGACUUUGACGUCUUGCGUCUCAUCAAAAUGUCUUUGGUGAUACCUGAAAAAUUCCAACACAUUCUUCGUAUCCUGGGUACGAACAUCGAUGGCAAAAGAAAGGUGAUGUUCGCCUUAACGGCCAUCAAGGGUGUGGGUAGACGAUAUGCCAAUAUUGUCUUGAAAAAGGCAGAUGUAAACUUGGACAAACGCGCAGGAGAAUGCUCUGAUGAAGAAGUCGAAAAAAUCAUAACUAUAAUGUCCAAUCCUCGCCAGUACAAAAUCCCUGACUGGUUCUUGAAUAGGCAAAAGGAUAUCAUUGAUGGAAAAUACAGUCAGUUGACAUCCUCUAGUCUUGACUCAAAACUGCGUGAAGAUUUGGAACGCAUGAAGAAAAUCCGCGCUCACAGAGGUAUGAGACACUACUGGGGUCUCCGUGUACGUGGUCAACACACUAAAACCACUGGUCGUCGCGGUCGUACUGUGGGUGUGUCCAAGAAGAAGUAAAUGUUCAUUAUUUUAUUAUUUAACACCAAUAAGAAUAAAAAUUUAAUAUAAUGUUCCUUA